AAAGAUCUGCGGGAGGAUUUCUACGAGUCGCAAAAGUUAUACACUUCACUUACACUUUUCUUCUUUCGGUACACGUGGCCAUAAAAUGUUGCAUAUAGAGGGAUGGCCCUUAGGUUUUGUGACGCUGAGUUGCAGAAGCGUUUGGCUGGUGUGAAAUCCCCCCCUCCCGCCUGAGUCAGAGCUGUGCACGGAGCUCUUGACUCUGAGACUUGAGCACUCUGUCGUAAACCUUGCUGCUGCUUCCAUAAAAGAACAAAUACCGUGUGCAGCCCUCGGGCUUCUUGGGGUUUGUAAGGAACCUGACAGCCGAAGGGGUCUUUGUUCUGUGGUGUAGAAAGGGAUGCAAUAAAUGUGUGUAAUGUUUGUGUUUAACUGGGGCUGAGGCCUUCUAGCUUAUGAAUCCUUUAGAACUUUUUCUAAUAAUGAAACAGAGAACAUUAUCCAAGUUCGAAGUGAUCUGGGGUGUCUGGCACUGGCAGAAAGAGGGAAGUGCUUGAAGGCAGCAUGAGAGAGUCUUGGAAGGCCUGCAGUGAUGUCUACAAGGUUCAAUGAUUAUGCUGCAUUAGACAGAAGGAGUAUUCUUUAUCUGUGACUUGAGGUGCCACGAGGAUUUUUAUGUGCAGAGGAAUUAAAGUGAAUGAAGUAUUUUUAUUGACUGUAGCUGCAACAGGAUGUAUAAGGUAUCCUGAUGGGCAUAUGACAAAGAUUUGUGGAUUGGAAUGGGUGAGAUUUGAGGAAGAAACUAUGCUGAAGGACAGAAAAGUUAAGACUGCCUGGCCUGAAACGGAAUAUUGUCGUAACUAUUAAAGGGCAUAAUGCAGAAUCCUUUAGCAUUUUCUACAGGUGGUGUUUUUUUGCAUGCUAAUCCUGCAGAGAAACAUUGUGUCCAACAAAGUAUGCUGUGUCAGCAAAACCAAGAAACUCGUGCUGGAAAGACAGUAUCCACAGAUAAACACAAAUGUCCUUCGGAUACAAGACAAAGUUUUCAGAAUAAAAGCCAGUUUAGGACCAUUGCUCCAAAAAUGGUACCAAAAAUGUUAACAUCUGGAGUGGUUUCUUGUCUUCAGUCAUCUUUGCCUGAGCAAAAUACACCAAUAUCAGCUGCAGGUUCUAAACCGCUGGUGGUGCCAACUCAAAACUAUGCUGUCAUGCAAGUGGCUGGUCAUGAGGGGACCUUUUCUCUGCUGGCCUUACUGUAUGUUGCCCCUGCCCUAACACAGGAAGUCCAGCAGUCAAACGUGUCCCGUCCUGAAACCCUGAAGCUGCCUAUCCCUAGGUACAAGUCUGUAAGAAAUAAAUUGCCAAGUGACAAAAAACCAUCAAAACUCUCUGGUUUGGGUGCAUGUAACAAGACUCCUACCAAAGCAUCGAUCUUGACAGAGACUUCCCAUGUGACUACUUUAACUAAAGACUGUCCUGAAACUCAUUGUAGUUCACGUUCAAAUGAGCAAGCAACGCUGACAGACCGUGACUCAGCUGAAAUUACAGUUGCCACAUUAGUAAAUAAAAGCAGUUGUGUGGAGUCUGGAUCUGCUUUAGUGAACAAAACUGAAAUUGCUAACAGUAAUGUUUCUAGACCAUGUGUAGUUAAAGACUCUUUAUCCAAGCCAGUGAGUACAAUUAAUCCCAUGAAACUAAGUCUCUGCUCUGUGAAGACAGCAUCUAAAACCACAAGAGAGUCAUUCAUAAUGUCUGAGAAACUGAAGGAAAAACCCACAAAUUCUGCAAAUUCUGUUGCUAUCCUGUCACCAGCAGGUUUUGGCAGUACAAUACAGAUGACUCCAUCGGCACCAAAAGGAAAACUUCCUAUUUUGCCUUACUCAAGGGUGAAAAAUUCAGUGUUCUGUAAAUCGAAGCAGAAUACUAAUGUGACGGCUGUAUCUGGUCCUUCACUGAGGUCUGAGUGUGAAAAGAUACCAGCUUUAGCAAAACCUUUCCAUGUUCCUACUAAAGCAUCCGAUAAGCGAUUAGCUGUGUCGUUUACACAAGUCUCCAAACAAACUAUCCGAGAAAAUACCUUCUCUCCAUCCAAUAAAGGGGAUGCCAACGUUCUUAAAAAAUUGAACAGUGCAACCUCAAAAAGAAGAGGCAAGAAAAGAAGAGCCCCUGAUGAUUUAUUGGCUUUUCAGACCAAGCGAAAGAAAUGCAUACUAAAUAAGAUUAGAGAAGGAAGAGAGAGACCAAAAGUUGAUCUUCCGCCACCUGAAGGCAAAAAGGCAGAGGCAGUGAAAAAAUACCGUAGCAUUAGACCAAAACCAAUGGUGGCAGUACAGGCUUUUGCACCACUGAUGUGUGCAGCUGUGGUAGACACCCUGUCUCCUAACCAUUUAGACCAAGAUAUUUUUUUAAGUAGUUCACUUCCCAAUAAAUACUUGAGUUACAAGCACAGUGAUGCUACAUCAGCUAAAUCAGGUGAUGUGGGUAGAAAUGCGUGCUCAGUCGCACCCAAGCCAUCACAUAAAUGUCAUGUGUGUAACCACACCUUCCAGUUCAAACACCAUCUUCAGGACCACAUGAACACACACACAAACAAACGGCCCUACAGUUGCCGUGUUUGCCGGAAGGCGUAUCUUCAUUCUGGAAGCCUGAGCACACAUAUGAAGCUUCAUCACAAUGAAGACAAACCCAAGAAGCUCGUUUGCUGUGAGUUCUGUGCUAAAGUUUUUGGCCACGCUAAAGUGUAUUUUGGCCACCUCAGAAAAGUGCACAGGGUUGUUAUCAGCACAGAGCCCUCUACCAGUGAGCAACAGCUGCAAGAUGCUUUAAAGAAGAGAGACAGAAAUGUGAAAGACGUGGAAGAAGCAACAGAGAGGGGAAAUAAGUGCAAUUUUGAGGACCUAUUCCAUAGCCCGGGAGAAGUGAAAGUACAGAUCAAAUGUGGCCAAUGCCAGUUUAUUGCACAGUCUUUUGGUGAAAUGAAGUUUCACUUAUUGUACAGUCAUGGAGAAGAGAUCCAGGGAAGAGUAAAGGAAGGGGUUUUGCAAGGAAACAGAGGAGCUAAGGGAGAAGCGAUCAAACACACAGCCCACUUCUGGAAGCAGCGCAAUGAGAGAAGACAUUUAGCAAAAUGUGGUGCCCGUGAGGAGCAGUUCUAUACUUUUCCAAAACUGAAAAGACAGAUAUACUUCCACCAUCAAAAUAACAUCGAUACAUUGUCUAAAGGUGAACAGACUCAGCCAGGAGGCAGUGAAGCAGCCAAGGAGAUGCCAAAUAUUGGGUUUGGGACACCAAGCAAGAAACGAGAAGUUUGGUCUAAAGCAGGCUACAACUGCAUUUUGUGUAAACAGUUAUUUGGAAGGAAAGAGGAUCUCCGUAACCAUUGGCAGAGUCAUCACAACUGUGAAGACCCUUCCACUUUAUGGAUGAUUUUUAAUUUGUUGUCGAAACAAGGAGUUAUUGAACUCUCUAAUAAUGGUUAAUAUUGAAGUGUCAAUCCUACAAGGCAAUGGAAAACAUCAAUUGCCUUCCCAAAUUGUUUAUGCUUUUUUUGCUUUGCUGCUAAACUAACUCCAGAGAUGUAUCAAUCAAGAGGUUUGUUUGGUGGAUUUGUUGCUUUAUUUUUUAAGUUAUGCUAACCUUGAUUUUGUUAAAUAUCUUUCCACAUGAAUACAUGCAAGCUGAUUAGGAAACACUCUACUUAAAUUUAAUGCUUAAGGAAUUUACCAGCAGCAAACACUCAAUGCUAAUGACUAACAUCAAGUAAAAAGAUUUUCAAGUUAAAUUAAACCAUUCACACAGAAAUAAAUUAGUUUCUAUGAAGUAAUCUUGGUCUUGAAUGACAUGACAAAUGAGACUGGAUGUGUUAUUUCAGUACCAACCGUGCUUGCAGGUUUUAUGGUAAAUAUACAUUUCCAUGCAAUUCUUGGGAUCAUUUGAAUGUGUACACACAUUCCUUCCUUGGAGGUCCUUCCUUGGGGGUCUUCAAGACCCACUUGGACAUGUUCCUAUGUGACCUGAUCUAGGUGAACCUACUUCUGCAGGGGUGUUGGACUAGAUGAUCUCUAAAGGUCCCUUCCAACCCCUACCAUUCUAUGAUUCUAUGAUUGUAUAUGUGCAGCCAGUGUUCAGGACGUUUAUAGUCUAUGAUUUAAGAGCUUUUAAUUCUUGUUUUAUUGACUUCAGUGUCUUCAGCUAUGUUCAUUGCUUGCAGUUUUGUUAUUAGCAGGUCUUCUAGGUGUUACAUCUCUCCCAGUAACAGCAAGGAUCUUUGGAUUUUGAAAGUGAAAAACCUACAUGUAUUUUUUAGCCUGUAGCUCUUCAGGUUGGAGACAAGUCAGCUGCCACCCAUGAAGAUGGAACCCGCAAAGCUUGACUGCUUUAUGACAAAAAAAACCCCCGUUUGUUUUAAAAAUAGUAAUCUGAGUUGGUUACUCCUGGGAAGUUUGACAUUCUGCAAUAGACUGCAUGUUUCACAAUGAACUUUUAGCAUAUUCCUUGCACCUCCUGUGACAGUAGCGCUACUGCUGCCAAUGCUGUUAGCAAUCUGUCUUUAACACUCUUGUUGUGGAGCUUUUGUACCUGUGCUGUUGACCCAGUCUGUACUUUUAGAGGGGAAUUGUUCUUCUACGUCUGUGGUACAGGUAAUUCUUUUUUUUCCACUUGUGUCAAGAUUUACUGUACUAGAGAAAUUGCAUACAGCAAACCACCCAUCCCUCUGCACGGUUUAAAAUGAGCCACGGCAAACGCAACUCUGACAUGAACAGGCACCAGUGAUGGCAGAGUUGUCCCAUAAAAGUCUGUUCAAAAGGUAUUUGUCAAAAUGGUGGUGCAUCAGAGCCGGCAAUGUAGAUGGAGUGGUUUGGUGGUGGUUAUCACACAGCAGUCACUCCCUCUCAUUUUUUGUGAAAGAAGGAGGACAUUCAGUGAUGGGAGGAAGGAGGUUUGAGAUGAGGGGGAGUGGGUUGCUUUUUUUUUUAAUGGCAAUUUUUAUGUGCAGCCUUUUCUUUUCAUCAUAUUUUUGUACUUCUCUCCCUUUCUGUAGUCCAGGCCAAAUGGGUAAGGAGGUCUCAGCUUUCAGCAAUUUAAAGUCUGAAAACAUGUUUUAAAGUGUAGUUCUAAGCCACUUCUCAGUAUCCUCAUAAAUGUUUAAAAUUAGAAGCCUUUUUUUUUUCUCAGCCUGAAAGCAUUCUUCUGUUUCAGGCUGUUAUGAUUAUGGUAGAUUAUGAAAGGUUGGGAUUUUUGAAAAUAGCUUUGCAUUAAAUACAGAUGUGUCUUUUGUUUAAAAUGUGUUUGUUUUGCAUUUCUGUUCAUUUUGAUAACAUUUGGAGGUAUGAAGUGAGCCUUAUUUACAGCUGUUCAGCGGAAGGGUUGUUAUGAGUACAGUUUGCUGUUUACCUUGAAGCUGGACAAGUUAACAUCUGGUUUUGCACAUAAAUUAUAUUUUUAAAUUGCUAAAACAAAUGUUACUGGUUUCGUAGCUGUAGUUUUGUUCCCUUCUGAUUUUUCAUUAGAUCUCUCUUUCAGCUUCACUCCUUGACUUUAAAGCUGUUCCUCACAUGGAAACUUGUUCCUUCAUCAUCACACCAUAAAUAACCAAAGCUGGAGGAGUUCCAUCGCUUCUCUGGCUUGCAGAGCAUUACCCCUCUCCAGCUGCACAGCUACAGUUUCCUAUGGCUAACUUGACAUAGUUACUGGCAGUAAAUGUUCUACUUCAUUUAUUCAUUAGAAUUUAGAUCUCCGCUGUUUAGCUCCGUCAGAGUUUCUGUCAUACUUCAUUAGAUACUUACUUUAUCUACUGUUCACUGAGCUCUUUAGAGAAAGUGUCAUAAGAAGGAUGAACAGGUAUUUAAGAGAGCAGAUUCCAACCCCAACGUUGUGCAGAUGAUGCUGACGUUUGAGAAUCAGCAGCUUAUCGCGGCUCAGCCGUGUAGUAUAUUAUAUUGCUACAACACAUCCACCUACACACGCAUCUAUUUUGGAACGAAAUGUACACUUCAAAUUCAGCUGUCAGUUAGUAUUCUCAAACCUGUACAAUGUAGGUUUGUGAUUAUUAUGCAUAAAGAUUAAAAUGCUAUUAACUGAAGUAGGUUUACUUGUCAAAUUCCUUAUAGCUCUGAAAAAUGAAAAUCUCUGUGUGCAGAGAAUGACACAGAGAAAAUGUGGGAUCACGGAGGAAAUUCUGAUGGCUUAAAGGUUGUCCUCAUUUCAGUGUGUGCUUUUGUAGCUGAUCUGUCACAUUGUAGGAUUUUCUCCAUGUUUUAUUAAAUUGCCAUAAAAAAUUUUUCUUAGUUAGGAAUACAGAAGACAACCUGAGCCUGCAAGCAAGUUUCAGGGGGAAAAAAAAAAGUGUUUCCUGCCUUUCUUUGUACAGACAGACAUGUCCAUGGAAUGAAAAUAGUCUUACAUGCACACACACAACAUGGGGCAGCAUGCAAGGCUGGGCUCCUGCAUGUGACUGUAUGUGGCUGACUGUUCACAGGAUCACAGAAUCUUAAAGGUUGGAAGGGACCUGGAAAGAUCAUCUAGUCCAACCCAAAUCAUCUAGUCAACCCCGUGUAAAAAUAACUUGAUUUUCAGACUUAAGUGAAUUUCUGGUGCCUUGUUGACAAACCUAGUAGAAUUCCUAAAGAAUGACAAUAGCAUCUUUCUCUAGUCGUGGUUUGCCAUUUUUACUGACUUAGUAGUAUGAGUAGUAUUUUAAAAUAUGGUAGGUCUGGUGCUGUCCAGUACAAAAGGAGCUUUCUCCCUUCCAUUUUUAUCACAUUUUUUUUGACUCUUAUUUGUAGGCAUUAGAGAUGAUGGGAUGAAUUAUGAUUUUUGCUGCCAACAAAUACAGAAACGUUAUUCUGAAAUUAUUUUGCAGAAACUUCCAACUUUAAUCCAGAAUAACAGGUGAAAUCAGUGACAAGAAAAUUUUAUUGACAAGAGACAAGCAAACUGCCCCAUAUGUGGAUUUUUCUGCAUAAUUACACAGCUGUAGAUGAAAAUUUAUACACAAUAGAUCUUCCACUGGUAGGUACAAAUGAGUUUGUUCUUACAAAGAGUUAUUUAGAGGGAUGAAGAGAAGUAAGAGCUAAAAAGUGUUCAUACCUUCUCUUUGACUUGAAUUUUGUGCCAGUCCUGAUCAUGGGCCAAGGUAUGUAGAUACUCACAGACUUUCCAGACAUACAGCACAAUUCAGUGGAGGAAAGGGGAAGAAAUAUGCAAAGGAAGUAGUGCUGAUGAAGGCUGGCACAGCAUAUUGAGUGUAAAGUCAAGCUUCAGUAUGACCAGCCAUUGGUAAUCUGUGUAUGUGGGAGUAUUCUGUAGCUGUAGUCUGAACUUCUCCCUCCACUCACUGUGGUUACAUGGUGCCAGAGUCUGCUCCCACUUCUGAGGUACAUCAGUCCUGAGCACCCUUAGCUUCCCUGGGCACGAGCUCCUCCAAAUGGCACAGAUGGCUUGAUGAAUAUCCUCUUCUUUUGCUGUCUCGGUUACACACUCAUAGUUAACUGAGCCUCAUGCUGUCUGCUGAGACCAGCUGCUGCCAGACUUGAAAUGUGGUCUUUCAGUUUUCCGAGGAAAACGUCUUUUAGCUUUAGUCCAUAAAAAUGAAAUCAAGUGCUGCAUCUGUACUUAGCAAAAUGGGAAAAUAGCUCACUCGGUUUCCUGCAGAUACAACACUGACAAGUAGUAGGAAAAAAGUGGAUUUGCUAUAAGAGAAAGAAACUGCUAAAUGUGAUUUGGGGUCUUUAUGUGCCAUUGCAGAGGACCAGAAUGUCCCGUCAGCUAGUUGGAAUCAGAAUAGAAUCACAGACAUUCCAUAAAAAUGUCUCACAUGGAUGUGAUGGCAUAAAGCAGCAAUUCAGAGAUGCUAUGAUUUCUCUUUCCUAUUUCUUUUUUGUGUGUUUCUCUUCUUGCUUUUUCACUUUUGCUUUUUCUGUUUUCUCUUUGCUAGCCACCCUACCUUUUCAGCCUCCUCUGUGGGCUGUUCUGGCUGAAUGCUAUUUGUAAAUGCCUGUUUCAACAAAGUCAACAUUGUGUCUGGCAUCUUUACUACUAGCCAAAAGCCUGAGCUUGAGUAGCUGUGAAGGCUGCACUGCAGAGUGUUUCAGGAAAGCUUUGGUCGAGGGGACCAGGAGGUGAGCAGGGCCAGCCUUCCUCCUGAGGUACGGCUUAGCACCAGCCUGGCAGCAGAGCAGUGCUUGGCUUUUUGGAAACCAUUUCCCUUGCUGUUCCCACUGGUUCAUUGCCAGCAAUGGAAUCAUGAGUGCAAACAAGGCUUCAGUAUGGCAGCUGAUGCUUUACACGCUCACCUACGCAAUUCUACACUAUUUGUAAAGAAAACACAAGAGUUGUGUCAAAAAGAAUCCCCCUAAACCCAAGUACCGUUGCAGUUUCAACUGGGGAUCCUUCAGAAGUGAGAACUUCUUUUGGCACAGUGCUAUGUCGUUUUUGUUGUAGACCCUGGCCAAGCCUCUUGUCCACCUGCGCCAAGCAGCUUGUGCUCCUUUGACUGCUCUGCUUUUCUGGGACUGGGGCUCUGUGCCUUUCACAUGCAAUGAAUAUACUGCCUUUUUUUUCUGCAGUUGAUUUAGGACAAAAAUAAAGCAUUUUAUUUCCUGUAUGCUAAGUGAUUUUGUGCAGCUUCAGAUACCCAAUCAAGGAGAUCAAUAUACCUUCCUAUUCCUAGAAGCAAUAAAUGGCACGGUGUGGGGGGAAAGCAAUAAAUAUCCCUGUGAUCAUUCUUUUGGAGCAAUGCACUUGCUUUCUACUAGAAGUUUAAUUUCUUCAGGUUUUUAGUUAAAAGCCUUUAUUAAUUUUAAGUAAAGUAAAUACUCUACUAUACUUCGCUAUUCAAAUAAAUCCUUUUUCAGCUCUAAGUCCUUGGAGUCUGAAUCCUGUCCAGCCAUUUUCUGCUAUCUGCCAAUUCCUUGCUAAGUGCAAACCUGACACUCUUGCCAAUAAAUCCACCUUUGUGUCAUUUAAAGUCAUCUGCCAUCAUUUCUGUGGAGCUAAUCAAAGUUUGCAAGAAGACAUUUUUUAAAGGGAACGGGCUCUGGAAUUCAGGUCAUUUAAAUUGUGCAAGUUAACUUAAAGGAAUUGCAGCAAACUGUAAAAUAGAGACGUGACACAGAUUGUUUGAAAGCUCACUUAUUUUUAUUCUCUUUUAUGAGUAAUUAGAGAUUUCCAGGGAAGAAUUUUGGGGGUUUUGCGCUGCUUUAUGUACUGCUUUCCUAAUCCACAUCUUAAACUCUCCUGAGUACAGCACAGCAGAGCCCAGUUGAGCUUCGCAAGUCGAUUGCAGCCUGUUAAACUCACAGCAGUGUUUUAUUUUUACUGUGUGAGACAGCUGGACUGAUAAAUGGAUGGGGUGCCCACACUCUGGGAGACAUCCACCAUAUCUGCACAGGUUAAUAGUCUCAUGUCCUUCCAGAGCAGCAUUUCCAAUGUCUUUAUACAUGCAUGCGAUCCCACUCACAGGGAUAAAAGGACUGAGUCUGUGGAAUGUUUUUAACUUCAGUGUUUGUGUCACACUGUAUAGUGUAUUCCAGUUAAUCUUUAUUAAAAUGCAGCCACAUUGA